CGACAAACCGGAAGUUGCGCGCAGGUAUUUAUGUGUGCGUGGACCUGCGCAGAUCGGAUCAUGCCGCGCUGUUUGAAAGCGAGUCCAACAUGUCCGUCGUCCUCCUGCUCCUCUUCAGCGUCUGCAUCCCGCCGUUGUCCGCGGCGCCUCCUCCACCUGUUGCACCAACGAAGCCGACCACAACGCUGCGUGUCGUUGGCAGCACGGCCUCAGGUGCGCAGGCGUCGGUGCAGGUGACUCUGAACGCAGCGCAGCGUCCUGCCGGCAGCGCGGCCUCAGUCUCUGCGUCCUCUUCAACAGGAAACAUGGGAACGUCGGACCCAAAGAAGCAGCCGACAGAACAGUGUCCUGUGACAGAACGGAGAAACCUGGUGGGCGUCUCUGGACAGACGCUCACGCUGCCGUGCCGCGCUCCCGCUAACGCCAGCGUCAUGGCGGUGAUGUGGACCCGACGGGACCUGAAGACCGAGAACGUCCUCCUGGUCCAGGACGGAAAAGCUGUGCUGGUCGACCAGCAGCCGUGGUUCAGGGGCCGUGUGACACUCAAGAACCAGCUGGCAAAGAGCGGCGACUUGUCUCUGGUUCUGAAGGAUGUGAAGCCGGGAGACACGGGGACGUACGAGUGUCGCUACAAGGAGAGAAGAGCGAUGAUGAUCAUCACCUCGGACUCCGUCAGCACCGUGACCCUGACGGUGCCGCUCGCAGGUGAUGGAAGCGACGACGCCAAACGCCAGCACACCAUGAGGACAAUGACUUUGUCAGUGGUUGGGGUCAUUGUGCUUUUUGUCCUCUUCGUAGUGGUUGUCGUGACGAUAUGCAGGAGAUGUCGGCGCUGAGAGAGCUACCGUUUCCAACCCAUGGCCUGGAUGCUCUGAUCAGUCAGGCUCUGAUUCAAUCAUUCAGCAGCUACUGCUCAGAACUGUAAAUGGGUCCUGAAGGUGGCAAGUUUUACAAAGCAUCACCUGCAUCAUGUGACCAGAGAGUCAGAUGACAGGUGACUGCGACUGGUGCUGAUAAUGUGUAGCUGCAUUUUAAGUGUCCUGGACGGUUUGGAUACAUUUAUUUAAAACAAAUAUGAUCAUCAACAAUGUAAUAAUAUUUAUUUUAGUUUUUAUUCAGAAUAAAGUUUUGAUACAUUUAAA